AAAAAGAGAGAGUAAAGAGAUUGAAGCAGUAUCUAAUGGAGAGUGUGGCAGUGACAUGGAGCAGAGAAGAAGAUAAAUCAUUCGAGAACUCAAUUGCGUUGCAUUGUGUAGAAGAAGAGAUAACAGAGGAUCAAUGGAUGAAAAUGGCUUCAAUGGUUCCGACCAAAUCAUUACAAGAAGUCAAGAAACAUUACCAAAUGCUUUUGGAUGAUGUGAAGGCAAUCGAGAGUGGACAAGUCCCAUUGCCACGUUAUCACAGAACCGGCGAGGAAGCUGCAGCCACUUCUCCUGCUAACAGAGACUGUCAUUCCUCCGGAGGAGGUGGAUCAACGGAGAAGAAACCAAACCAUGGAGUCUCCGGGAUAAGUAGCUCCAAUGGCGGUGGAAGAAGUGGUUCCAGACAAGAACAAGAUAGGAAGAAAGGGAUUCCAUGGACUCAAGAAGAGCAUCGGUUGUUUCUAUUGGGUUUGGAAAAAUUUGGGAAAGGAGAUUGGAGAAGCAUCUCAAGGAACUUCGUGAUCACAAGAACACCAACUCAAGUAGCAAGUCAUGCUCAAAAAUACUUUAUCAGGCUUAACUCAAUGAACCGAGAUCGAAGACGGUCUAGCAUUCACGACAUUACUUCUGUGAACAAUCAAGCUCCUGCCGUUACAGGACAACAACAACAAGUGGUUAAGCAUAGACCAGCUCAGCCUCAGCCGCAGCCCCAUCAGCACACAAUGGCUGGAUUAGGGAUGUAUGGUGGUGCCCCUUUGGGACAACCCAUCAUCGCACCACCUGAUCAUAUUGGUUCAGCUGUGGGAACACCUGUUAUGCUUCCACCUCCAAUGGGAACUCAUCAUCUUGGAGUUGCACCUUAUGCUGUACCUUCUUAUCCGGUUCCACCAAUACCGCAACAACAUCCAGCUCCAUCUACUAUGCAUUGACAACAACAAGUGGUGAAAGCUGACACCACAUGGUACUGAAUAAUUGUGUACAUUUUCUCAAAUUUAAUCGCGAGGGAAAGAAAAAAACGGACGAGCAGAGGAAUCUUUUGUACAUUUUCUAAAACUGUAUAAAAGUGUCUUUCUUUCUUUCUUUAUUUCUUUCAUGGACUGUAAAUGUUAUUGUGAUAAGGAAAUGUUAAGGUAGAUACAUAGAACAUGUGUUGAAGUAAAAAACAU